UGGACUUGGCGGUGGGAGCCGGAGCGGGGCACUAGCAGCUGUGGGUGCGGACAAGGCCCGGUGAACGGCUCCUGCCAGACUAUGGCAACAUAUCUGGAGUUCAUUCAGCAGAAUGAAGAACGGGAUGGUGUGCGCUUUAGUUGGAACGUGUGGCCUUCCAGCCGUCUCGAGGCUACGAGAAUGGUUGUUCCCCUGGCUUGUCUCCUUACUCCUUUGAAAGAACGUCCAGACCUGCCUCCUGUACAGUAUGAACCUGUGCUUUGUAGCCGGACAACUUGCAAAGCCAUUCUCAAUCCACUUUGUCAGGUUGAUUAUCGAGCGAAACUUUGGGCCUGUAAUUUCUGUUUCCAAAGAAAUCAGUUUCCUCCUGCUUACACAGGUAUAUCUGAGGUGAAUCAGCCUGCUGAAUUGAUGCCCCAGUUUUCUACAAUUGAGUAUGUGAUACAGCGAGGUGCUCAGUCCCCUCUGAUCUUCCUCUAUGUGGUUGACACAUGCCUAGAAGAAGAUGACCUUCAAGCACUCAAAGAAUCCCUGCAAAUGUCCCUGAGUCUCCUUCCUCCAGAUGCUCUGGUGGGUUUGAUCACAUUUGGGAGGAUGGUGCAGGUUCACGAACUCAGCUGUGAAGGAAUUUCCAAAAGUUAUGUCUUCCGAGGGACAAAGGAUUUAACCGCGAAGCAAAUACAGGAUAUGCUGGGCCUCACCAAGCCUGCCAUGCCCAUGCAGCAAGCAAGACCUGGUCAACCACAGGAGCAGCCUUUUGUUUCAGGCAGAUUUCUGCAGCCCAUUCACAAGAUUGACAUGAACCUCACUGAUCUUCUUGGGGAGCUGCAGAGGGACCCAUGGCCUGUGACUCAGGGGAAGAGACCUUUGCGAUCCACUGGUGUUGCUUUGUCCAUUGCUGUUGGCCUGUUGGAGGGUACUUUUCCAAACACGGGAGCCAGGAUUAUGUUGUUUACCGGGGGUCCCCCCACCCAGGGGCCUGGCAUGGUGGUUGGAGAUGAAUUGAAGGUUCCUAUUCGUUCCUGGCAUGAUAUUGAGAAAGAUAAUGCACGUUUCAUGAAAAAGGCAACCAAGCACUAUGAAAUGCUUGCUAACCGAACUGCUACAAAUGGUCACUGCAUUGAUAUUUACGCUUGUGCCCUUGAUCAGACUGGACUUCUGGAGAUGAAGUGUUGUGCAAAUCUUACCGGAGGCCACAUGGUGAUGGGAGACUCUUUCAACACUUCUCUCUUCAAGCAGACGUUCCAAAGAAUUUUUAGUAAAGAUUUCAAUGGAGAUUUCCGCAUGGCAUUUGGUGCUACUUUGGAAGUGAAGACCUCUCGGGAACUGAAAGUUGCAGGAGCCAUUGGUCCUUGUGUGUCUCUGAAUGUGAAAGGACCAUGUGUGUCAGAAAACGAACUUGGUGUUGGUGGCACGAGUCAGUGGAAAAUCUGUGGCCUGGAUCCCACAUCUACACUUGGCAUCUACUUUGAAGUAGUCAAUCAGCACAAUGCCCCGGUCCCCCAAGGAGGCAGAGGUGCCAUCCAGUUUGUGACGCAGUAUCAACACUCCAGCACCCAGAGACGCAUCCGCGUGACCACCAUUGCCAGAAAUUGGGCAGAUGCACAGAGUCAGCUCAGGCACAUAGAAGCAGCAUUUGACCAGGAGGCCGCAGCAGUCUUGAUGGCUCGGCUGGGAGUGUUCCGCGCAGAGUCAGAGGAGGGGCCCGAUGUGCUCCGGUGGCUGGACCGACAGCUCAUCCGACUGUGUCAGAAGUUUGGACAGUAUAACAAAGAAGACCCCACGUCUUUUAGGUUAUCAGAUUCCUUCUCUCUGUAUCCUCAGUUCAUGUUCCAUCUUAGAAGAUCUCCAUUUCUCCAAGUGUUUAACAACAGUCCUGAUGAGUCAUCGUAUUACAGACACCAUUUUGCCCGACAGGAUCUAACCCAGUCCCUCAUCAUGAUCCAGCCCAUUCUGUACUCCUAUUCAUUCCAGGGGCCGCCAGAGCCAGUACUCUUGGACAGCAGCAGCAUUCUAGCUGACAGAAUUUUGCUGAUGGAUACUUUCUUCCAAAUUGUCAUUUAUCUUGGUGAGACCAUAGCCCAGUGGCGUAAAGCUGGGUACCAGGACAUGCCUGAGUAUGAAAACUUCAAGCACCUCCUGCAAGCACCACUGGAUGAUGCCCAAGAGAUUCUGCAAGCGCGCUUCCCCAUGCCACGUUACAUUAACACGGAGCACGGAGGCAGCCAGGCUCGAUUCCUUUUGUCCAAAGUGAACCCAUCUCAGACACACAAUAACCUGUAUGCCUGGGGACAGGAAACAGGAGCACCCAUCCUAACUGAUGAUGUUAGCCUGCAGGUAUUCAUGGAUCAUUUGAAGAAGCUGGCUGUCUCCAGUGCUUGUUAAGCUGGAAGAUGUGAGCAGAACAUUGAAGAACACAUCGGAUUGUGUUCACAAUUGCUGAUAACGGCUUAAAAACAUUCCUUUCACUUUACUUGUGGGUUUUAAUAAAUAAUCAAAGGAAGCAUUGUAUGUAACUCUUUAGAUUAUAA